UAGACCACGCCAUACGCGCAGUUGGUGUCGGAGAGGAGCGAAGUCGUCUGGUCUUAUUUUAAUGGUGCUUUGCUAACAUCAAAAUGGUUUAUCUUCCCCUCAUAGUCGGCUUUUCAUUGGUCGCUUUCGGUUAUUCCCAGGACUUGGAACUCCAGCGCUCAUCAACGUCAAACGACAUUAUCAGAGAGACGACGGAAACGGCUCAUCCGAGCACCGCCGCCUCCACGAUCGACCCCCACGAGGCCGAAAAGGAGAAAGCCAACGAAAUCUCCAAAGUCCAGAAAGCCCUGGCAUGGCUGGAAACGCAACGCGAAAUCGACUGGGGCUGGAGGAACGACACCCCUAAAGUACUCACAGCGCUGAAGCUCGCCUCCCGGGAACACACCAACGCCCUCGAGCUCAAGCUCUCCCUUAAACAGAUGGAGGUGGAGAUCGUCGUCAUGUUGUGGAGACACCACGAGAUCCCCGUGGCGCCGCCGAAGCUGGCCCAAUACUGCUUGGCGUUGUGCGCGCUGUGCUCGGACCCGCGGCAAUUCCACGGCCACGAUCUCAUAGGCAGCCUGCAGCACCACGAGCCGAUACACGACAUCGAGUUCGCCUACGCCACGCUGGCGGCCUGCACGGCCCGGGCGCACGUCAGAAAGAAGCAAAUCAGGCGAUUGCUGGACAUCGCCAACACCGCCAAAGACCACAACAUAGAUACGGUAGCGAUGACCAUCCUGGCUUUGAGGUGCAUCGUUAAGGACCAUAGGCACAGGAAUUUACAGCACACACUCCGGCGACCCAGCAUUAACUUGGCUAGGCAACAGCAACAGGACGGCGGCUUCGGCAAUUUGUAUAACACCGCUUUGACCUUACAGGCUUUGCAAGACAUGAACGAGAUCAACAACCACUGGAACCGGAGCGCUGCAAAGGCCUACAUAGAAUCCAAGCAAGACCCAGACGGGGCUUUCACAGACCCCAAUCUCACCGCCGAAGUGGUCCUCGCUCUGUCAGAAAGAGGCCUGGGACAUAUCAGAAACACCGAUUGCGGCAAAUACGACAGCGAUUUGGACAAUCAAGUGGAAAUCGACGGCCUAACGAAAUCCUUCUCGAACCACGGCAACGAUUCCGAAAUACGCAACGUCACCGUCACGUACACGCUUUGGGUGGGCUCGAACGUGACGGAGAACGCGACCAUCAGCGUCACGGCGCCGCGGAACACGUCCUUCUACAACGUCAUGCAGCUGGCCUCCGAGACGGAUCAGCGCUUCGCCUUCGAGGCCUCCGAAUGGCCCAACGGGCACUACGUGCACACCCUGGCCGGCUACAAGGAGGAGCCGAUGGGCUACCAUUACUGGCUGCUGUACCGGCUGCCCGAGCUCCCGGAUCCGCUGACGCCGCCUGCUAAUCAGCUGGUAGCGCCUGUUGGUGUGGAUGAUUUGCUGAUCGAGGAAGGUGAUCACUAUCUAUUCUGGUACAAGAAAUUGUAAAAAUCGUUUUGUCUACGGAUUAUCUUGGGUUGAUUUGUUGUGUUCGAAAUGUUUUGUGUUUCACGUAUGCGAAAGCUUAUAGUAAUCGUGCGAAAUUUGUGGAAAGUGCAUUUAAAAAAGCGGCUUUGCUGGCUUAAUUUGAAGCUUGAAGUAUGUAUGUAAAGUCUACUGUAAUAAUUGGCCCAUCUCUUUAACGAUUAACUAACUUAUAUGAUAUCAACAUGUAAUGAUUUAUGGAACAGCAAAAGGACAGAUAUUGAAUAGAGUUGGGAUUUACAGUGGAAGUUACUGUUAGAAAAUUGGUCGUAACUGUUACUAUUAGAUGUACUCGUGUACUGAAACAAGGCUAAAACUUAUUAGAUAUACUUAUCGAAUUUUCUUGUUAUUUCAAUCAUUUGUGUUGUGUGUUAGACAAAGUGUCAAAAAAGUGCUUGCUGCAUUGCCAAAAUAACAUGGAAAAUUCGUAUUAUUCGGUGGAUUUAUUUUGAAAAAUUUAAUUUUGCCUGCGUAUAAAUUUAUCUGUGGUAUUAUAAAUUGUAAGAUAACUGUUAGAUUUCUUUUUGUCGAUACGAUUAAUUCUGUGAAUUUCUUACAAGGGUUUUAUAGUAGAAAAUUUCCAUCGGGUUUUAGAUGACAAACUUUCUCUUUCUCUUUAUAUGUAUCUAUUUCUUUCAGUGAAUAAUUUUAUUUCUAACGAUGGAAGAUUAUUGGAUUUGACUUGAAACUAAAAGUAUUCUCUAAAAACGUAGUUUUCUAAGAAAUUAGCCAACGUAAAAUUAGAUAUUCAACAGUCAAAAUUCUAAAUAUUUACCUCAAAACAGAAACGCUAUUUAUUCAAAAUAGUUCUCUUCCACAACUCGGUAAAUGAAGUACUAGAAGAAUUGAUUAGUUUAUUAUUAAAGGGUUAAUUAUUUAGGAUUUUCGCCUGUAUCGUAUAAAACUAACUUUUUGUCGUGAAAAUUUCCUGUGAAACUUUUAGACAUACAUAUUUAAAGUAUUUACAAUGAUGCAUUUUUAUGAGACAAUACUUUGAAUUUUCGUUUUGUAAAUGUUUUUAUAGGCAUAGCCGAUUAGACGACCUUUGGUUUUCAAUUGUUAAUACGGAGCAAAAGAAGACAUUGUUGAGAAAAAUUGAUUUAUUUUAUUAUAUUCGGCUUGG